UCAAUUCAUGGUAAACUUCAACAACUGAACAGGGCUUUUCAGCUCAGGUUUCUCCUGAGCACUAUUGAUUAUUAGCUCUGACUCCUGGGCUGCACAGUGUUUGUUUACCAAUUAGACUGUCACACUUCCUGUCACUCACUAAAUGUGCUCUACGCGGGGAGCUCACUGCACCUCUGUGCAGAAUGUUCCAUCCUGAAAAAUACAAUUAUGAUAAAUAAACUCCAGUCAAGCCAAUUUCAUGCAUUCAAAACAGACACUACCUUGAGGCACUUUAGCAGAACCAUGCUACUAACACUUCUAGGACAACCAACUGAACUCCACUUUGGAGAUGGAGCCAAGACUCACACCAUCCCAAAAAAUCUUGGCUGUUGAUUAUUUUUCUUUAAGUAGUACCUCUUGUUGAUGAUAUUUGCAUUGCUUUCAUAGGCGAUUGCAAAAGAAAAAGCAUUUCUACCAUUAAAUGUAUUUUACCAAACCCAGCUGUGACCUCUCUUGGUAAGCCUACUCCUCGUCUCUUUGGUGAAAGUGCCAUUAAUAAUGUAGCAGAGUGUAAUGUAACCCAGAGAUACAUAGGACAUAAGAACGAGAUGGCGUCUUUGAGCGUGGAAGAAGCUGUGAGUAUUAAUAUAUAUAUAUACAUAUAUUUUUUCUUUUACAAUAUGACUGAUUUUUCUCUGAACGUGUUUAUUUCUACAGGUGUUAAAGAGUGAUGGUGAAGCAGUGAAAGUGGGCAUUGUACUAAAUACAAUCCCAGGAGGUAAUGAGAGUGUGUUCAUUCAUGAAGAUGGACAACAUGUGGACUACAUAUCAAAAGAUGAGAAACUGCAGUCCUUCUCAUUCCACCAAGCUGUGACUAUAGACAACAUGCAGGUAACCACACCUCUUUUUUGAAUUUGAGCCCCAUUACACCACAGCAGCGCUUGAAGUGAGCAUGUGACAUGAACAGAGGUGCCAGCAGAAGCUUCUGCAGCCUCUUGCUGAGUCCGUAUGCGGAGGCCACAGUGGGUCGCUGCUCCUGUGUGGAGCCUCCACGGAGAACAUCUGCACUCUCAUUGACCAUGACGUCAUUAAGCAGGUGUUGACAAAUGUGCUGAGUCAUGUGAUGUCAAAAGUGAAGAAGGAGCUGUUCAUCUCCGUGUCCUUUCUGCAGUUUAACCCAGACGGGGCUGGUGUGGACCUCCUGAGCCCUGACACCAACACGCUGGGUCUUGUCCGUCAUCCAGUCCUGGGAGGGUGAACACCGCUGAUCAAAAGCCGCUUGUGUGUAUUUCUCUCUAUACUUUGCAACAAUCCCUUUGUUUUUCAGUGUUGUCAGAGAUUUAAGCGAGGUGUGCGUGGAUUCCGCGGAGGAGGCCUACACGGUGUACAAGACAUGCAGGGAAGCACAGGAGUCCAAUGAAGCGUUACGCUGCCGUUCAAUACUCUUCACAAUGACGGUGGAGUGGAAAGUCCACGCAGGUGAGGUGGACUUGCAGUUAUGCCGCAGCAGGCUGCAGCUGUUCAACCUGGUGGGAGGAGCCUGCAGGACUGACCCCACAGGGGUCAACCCACUGUUGGCGGCCGUGGAUCAAACCCCAGGCCAAGUCAUGCCAACACACCCGCUCUUGCCUUGCCUGCUACGUGACGCACUAACAGGAAGUAGCAGGACCACUCUCAUCUACUUCCUCCAACCCCAAGGCGACAUGGACGGCGAGACUCUGUCUGCUUUGUCUUUGGCUGAAAAAGUCCAGCGUCUGUCAACGAAGGCCGCGGCGUGCUGCUGGCGUCCUGGGGAAACGGAGCGAGAGCUCCGAGGCUGCGUUACGACGCUGAGACGCGUGAUGAUGGCGAAGGCAGGAAGUGAGGCGUGUGAUGAUACACUCAGGCUGGCUGAGCUCGUACAAAACCUGCAGAUUGUCAAAGACCAGGCGUGGGAGAGGAGGAGGAAAGAAUCAGAGGGCAUUCAAUUUAAGUGUGCGGCCCUCAGUGGAAAAAGUUUGGACACCCCUAGCUUACAGGAAGAGCUGAGGCAGGAAAUGGAAGCUCACAUCAAAGAAGACAGAGAGAGUGUAGAAAAAGUCCAGGAGCGAAUAACAAAGAUCCUGCAAGUGAGGGAAUCUCUCCGAGAGAAGAAGACAGCUGCAAUUAAGUGUGACCUCUGCCUGCAACAGCUGGAAGGGCGCCAUGCACACGGGCGUAGGAGGCAAGUGAAGGAGCUCGGCGGGAGAUUAAUUCAGCAGGAGGUGGAGAAGAUGGAGCAAGACUUGGCAAAAGAGCAGCUUCCAAGCCAUGGAGUGCAGAGAGAUCUGCUGGUGCUGAGCAGAGAGAGGCAGGUUCUGGUGCUGCAGAUGGAGGCCCUGAGAGCUGAGGCCCAGCAGGCCCAGAAAGACCUGCAGGACCACAAUGAAAAGCACCAAAGUGAGAUGCAUGAGCUGAGGGAAGAAAGCCUGCAGGUGUUGAGGAGGUUCCAUGAGUCAAGCGAGGAUGUGAGGAGGAUAUCAGAGGUGCGAUACAGAAGUGUGAUCCUGGAGGCGGUGCAGGAUGCGGUCUAUCUGUCUGCUCAGAACCAGCAGCUACAAGCUGACAACAAACAACUGCUUCACGGCUUUCUUUUUUUUUUCUACUGCAGCUCUGGGAGAGUUAAAGGACACACUAACCAAGAGAGGUCUUCACACCUCUGCAUUUUCCUUAAAACAUGACUGACAUGACAUGAAUGACCAUAAACAUAUCUUUUUAAUUAACACA